AACAGAAGAAAUUGAUCCGAUUAGCACAUCUACGUUUAUAACGUCUUUCGCAGCAUCCAAUGUCACACCUACUACAACUAACACUUCCUUAUCAACAAUAUUGUAUCAAACAGGUGACGACGAUAACGACGUGAUUUAUUCUGAUGAAAAUAAACAUAAUAAUUUUAAUAUUAUCGAAAGCAACGUUGAUAAUGAUUCAAUGGAUUUAGAAUUAUCAAGGUCGCCAUCGUUUGUCGACACACAAUUGUUACAUGACUAUACUUCUCUAACAACAGAUGAAUUUUGUUCAAAAUUAUUAAAUGUUUUUCGUGAUUCUAGUAUCUGUAAAUCACAUUCAGAUCGUAUUUUAUCGUUAAUUCGGUCAGCAUUGCCUAUACAGAACAAUCUUCCUCGUUCAAUGGAAAAAGUACUACAAAAGUUGAAUAUCAAUGAUAUUUUUUUAGAAAACGGUUGA